CGACGACUGCGAGUUCACCUUCGCCGCGCUUGGCGAGUUGCAAGCGCGCGUCGCCGUUGAGCACCUCCCAGCACCUGGCCCCGCGUCGCGGAUGAACUCACUACCCGGCGCCGGAGAGCUCGCGGGCGCAGCCGCGGCAGAUGCGGAGCAGCCUGCUCGCGAGUCCCGCCGCCGACAGCAAAGAGAGCGCGGCGACCUUAACAGCGGGUCGAAGUGCAAGAUCGACGCAGAGAUGGCGAAGAUCGGCGCGAUCAGCACAGCGGCCUUCGCAGUUCUGCUCGAGGGUCUUCGGCAGGAAGGCGCGUCCGUCGGCGGUCUCAACCAGCAGAACCUUACGACGCUCGGCGAAAAGCUGAAAAUUGUGGACAUCAAGCAGAUCGUCGAGCUCGCACCGCUCGUGAAGGCCAGCCACGCUCGCGACGCAGCGCAGUGCAAGCUCCAGAUCAGCUUCAACUCCAGGGGCGACGUCGACCCCAGCGUGAUUCACGACUCACUCAUCCAGACGCGAGCGAGCUACAAGCCAG